AGCCUUUCAUAGCUAACACAUGAGUCUAGGAAGAAAAAGAAACAUGUAAACAGAAAUAAACAAACAACCUCCACUCUAAUCUAAUUACAAAAAUGAACAAUCAAGACCUUCUAAUUAACCCUCAAGCCGAUCACUAUCCCCAACCGCAACCUCAUCCGGUCCAAUCAUCCAACUCCACCCUCCAAUCGCAACCGCAACCCCGCCGUCCACGUGGCUUCGCCGCCACAGCAGCAGCCAACACUAGAGAAACGGUCAACAGCAGUAACAACAGUGCGGCGUCGGGCGGUAGUAAAGGAAAGAGAGAGAGGGAAAAGGAAAAAGAGAGAACAAAACUUAGAGAACGGCACCGUAGAGCUAUCACUAGCAGAAUGCUCGCCGGACUUAGGCAGUACGGUAAUUUUCCACUGCCGGCGCGUGCUGACAUGAAUGACGUGCUGGCUGCUCUUGCUCGUGAGGCUGGGUGGACUGUUGAACCUGAUGGUACUACUUAUCGACAGUCUCCUCCCAAUAAUAAUAGUAAUCAAUUGGCUUCAUUGGGCGUGAGGUCAGUUGAAAGUCCAGUUUCAACUACUUCUUUAAAGCCUUGCUCUGCAAAAUCAAAUACAUUGGAAUGUCAUAAUCAGGCAUCUGUUUUGAGAAUUGAUGAGAGUUUGUCUCCGCCUUCUCUUGAUUCAGUGGUGAUGACCGAGGGAGAUGCAAGUAAUGACAAAUUCGCUUCUCUAAAUUCUAUUGAUUGCUUGGAUGCUGAUCAGCUUAUACAGGAUGUUCGUUCUGGUGGUCAUGAGGGUGAUUUCACAGGCACUACAUAUGUUCCUGUUUAUGCAAUGCUUGCUACUGGUUUCAUCAACAAUUUCUGCCAGUUAAUUGAUCCACAAGGUAUUAGACAAGAGUUGAGCCAUAUGAAGUCCUUAGAUGUGGAUGGUGUCGCUGUAGAGUGUUGGUGGGGAAUUGUUGAAGCGUGGAACCCUCAGAAAUAUGUAUGGUCUGGCUACAGGGAGCUUUUUAACAUCAUUCGGGAAUUUAAGUUGAAAUUGCAGGUUGUGAUGGCAUUUCAUGAGUAUGGGGCAAGCGACUCCGGAGAAGUUUUAAUCUCUCUCCCUCAGUGGGUUUUAGAGAUUGGAAAAGAGAACCAGGAUAUAUUCUUCACAGAUCGUGAAGGAAGGAGAAAUACUGAAUGUCUAUCUUGGGGUAUUGACAAAGAACGAGUCUUAAAAGGGAGAACUGCCAUUGAGGUUUAUUUUGAUUUCAUGAGAAGCUUUCGGAUGGAAUUUGAUGAUUUGUUUGCAGAAGGUAUAAUUUCUGCAGUUGAAAUUGGGCUUGGAUCAUCUGGUGAACUGAAGUAUCCAUGUUUUCCUGAAAGGAUGGGUUGGAGAUAUCCUGGUAUCGGUGAGUUUCAGUGUUAUGAUAGAUAUUUACAACAAAGUCUACAUGGAGCUGCUAAAUUGCGCGGGCAUUCAUUUUGGGCUAGGGGACCUGAUAAUGCUGGUCAAUAUAAUUCCAGGCCACAUGAAACUGGGUUUUUUUGUGAGAAAGGUGAUUAUGAUAGUUAUUUUGGGCGUUUUUUCCUCCAUUGGUAUGCCCAGACAUUGACAGACCAUGCUGAUAAUGUCUUGUCUCUUGCAAGCCUCGUCUUUGAGGAUAUAAAGAUAAUUGUUAAGAUUCCAGCAGUUUAUUGGUGGUACAAGACAUCUAGUCAUGCGGCAGAGCUAACAGCUGGAUACCAUAACCCCACAAACCAGGAUGGGUAUGCUCCAGUUUUUGAGGUGUUGAAGAAAUACUCCGUCACAAUUAAAUUGGCGUGCUCAGGAUUGCAAGUAUCUGAUCAUGAGAAUGACGUGCUGGCUGAUUCUGAAGGCUUGAGUUGGCAGAUUCUAAACUCUGCUUGGGACCGAGAAUUGGCAGUGGCUGGUACAAAUGUGCUUUCAUGCUAUGACAGAGAAGGGUAUUUGAGAGUGGUUGAGAUGGCAAAGCCAAGGAGUGACCCUGACCACCGUCAGUUUGCAUUCUUCGUCUAUCAACAGCCAUCUCUUUUGUUUCAAGGAACAAUUUGCUUCACCGAGUUGGAUUACUUCAUCAAAUGCAUGCAUGGGGAUUUAAGAGGGGAUCUAGUGUCGUAACAGGUACUUAAUUUUUAUUCGGUAGAUAGAAUCAAUAUCUAAUCCCAGCUGUAGUUGUCGGCAGAGGUGAUGGUUAUACAUGAAAAGUACGAGUGCAAAUUGUAAUUGCAGCUCAAAGCACCAUAUCUGUGAACUCUUAUUUAAUGUUGGUUUCUUUGUCAAUGUUGUUUAUGUAGUUCCCAUGCUUUCUCUACCUACAAAAAUUUAGGGACUAACAAUUAAACAGAAUUAGAAGACCUUAAUUUUCAAUUAGUUCCCAGUAUUGUACAUAAAUUUAUCAUUAACGAAAUGGUUUGGUUUUUAUGGUUA